GCGGACCCAGCCGUCCCCGCCGCCCGGCCCCCCGCGGAGCCCGGCUGCCUGGGCCGCCUCACCUGCCUCCUCCUCCUCCUCUUCCUCCUCCUGCUCCCGUUGCCGCCCCGCGUGGACUCGUCCUGGUGGUACAUCGGGGCGCUGGGUGCCCGGGUGAUCUGCGACAACAUCCCCGGGCUGGUGAGCAAGCAACGGCAGCUGUGCCAGCGCCACCCUGACAUCAUGCGUUCCGUGGGCGAGGGCGCCCGCGAGUGGAUCCGCGAGUGUCAGCACCAGUUCCGCCACCACCGAUGGAACUGCACUACACUGGACCGGGACCACACUGUCUUCGGGAGAGUCAUGCUUAGAAGCAGCCGGGAGGCAGCUUUCGUGUACGCCAUCUCAUCGGCAGGCGUGGUCCAUGCCAUCACGCGCGCCUGCAGUCAGGGAGAGCUGAGCGUGUGCGGCUGUGACCCCUACAAGCGGGGGCGGCACCGUGACCAGCGUGGGGACUUUGACUGGGGCGGCUGCAGCGACAACAUCAACUACGGUGUCCGCUUCGCCAAGGCCUUCGUGGAUGCCAAGGAGAAGCGAGUGAAGGAUGCCCGGGCGCUCAUGAACCUGCACAACAACCGCUGCGGCCGCACGGCCGUGCGGAAGUUCCUGAAGCUGGAAUGUAAGUGCCAUGGGGUCAGCGGCUCCUGCACCCUUCGCACCUGCUGGCUGGCGCUGUCGGACUUCCGCAAGACCGGAGACUACCUGCGGCGCCGCUACAACGGGGCCGUGCAGGUGACGGCCACGCAGGACGGUGCCAACUUCACCGCCGCCAACAAAGACUACCGCGGUGCCACCCGCGCUGACCUCGUCUACUUCGACAACUCCCCCGACUACUGCGUCAUGGACAAGGCGGCAGGCUCCCUAGGCACGGCAGGACGCUUAUGCAGUAAGUCAUCGCGGGGCACCGAUGGCUGUGAGGUGAUGUGCUGUGGGCGCGGCUAUGACACCACCCGGGUCACCCGGGUCACCCAGUGUGAGUGCAAGUUCCACUGGUGCUGUGCUGUGCGCUGCAAGGAGUGCCGGGAUACCGUGGAUGUGCACACCUGCAAGGCGCCCAAGAGGGCAGAGUGGCUGGACCAGACCUGAGCACUGGUGGGCGGGGAGAGGGAUGAAAGGGGAGAAGAAAUGACCCCAGCCCCUCCACCCCAAACCCCAGACUCGACGACACGAGGCACUCACCCGCACCAUAUACACUCACUCAAACCCCCUGCCCUGCCCACCCUCUCCGAAGACCACCACUCACCCCUCAGCCCUGGCCUGAGACAGCACAGCUUCUAUUUAAGGACUUGGACUCGGCUCCAUCGUCCCAGGCGGGUCUGAUGCCCCGUCUCCCACCCAGGAGGAGUUGGAAGAAUCGUACAAGUCCGAGAAAUCUCCCUGCCCUCACUCAGAGGGUGACGGGGGAGGCGUGAGGGGGGCCUGGUUGGCUUCAGAGAGAGAAGAAAAUGCACUAAGUGGAUCUCCCCAGCCCGGAGUCCUGAUGUCACUUUUCCUCUUCGCUUCCUCGUUUCCCUGGCCUCAUUCAGGGACAUGGAAGAAAGGGCUUUUGGGGGCACAGUGAAGGGGAAGGGAGCUCUCACCCGAGGGAGAAGUGGCAGGGGAGAUGGGUUUGCUGCACAAGAGGACGUUGGGUCUCCUUCCCCGCCCCAACACCGCCCAAUGGGGUUGUGAGUUUACAACUCCGCAGCCGGGCCAGAGUGGCCAUUUGAGGCCCAGCUGGGCCCGUGCAAUAGCCUGGAGUCUGGACUCAGGUGGGUGCGUGGGGAGGGGUCAGACCUGCCAGAAGAGGCUCUGCCCACGUGCUUCUUUGUUGUGUAUACUGCUGCAUUCUGUGGAAAGAUAGA